CCCCCGCUCUGCCGCCUGGCGGGGCGGCGGGUGCCGCGGGAGGCUGCUCGGUGCCGCCGCCGCCCGGGAGGGAGGUUAUGUAAGGGGGAAGGGAGGCGGCGGGAGGAGGAGCAGGACGCCUCGCCGUGCCGCCGGGUAGCAGCAGCCAGCCGGGGCCGGGAGCGGGGCGGCCGCAUGUGCGAAGUGGGAACCCGGCCGCCGCUGGCCGCCGAACGCGGGGAGCCGCCCGGGGGGGCCGCCGCCUCCGAGAGGUGCCGAGACAUGGGAGAACAGCCCAUCUUCACCACCAGAGCCCAUGUCUUCCAAAUUGAUCCCAGCACGAAGAAGAACUGGGUCCCUGCAAGCAAGCAGGCUGUAACUGUUUCCUACUUCUAUGACAGCACGAGAAACAGCUAUCGGAUUAUCAGUGUGGAUGGAGCCAAGGUGAUCAUAAACAGCACAAUCACCCCCAACAUGACCUUCACAAAGACAUCCCAGAAAUUCGGACAGUGGGCAGACAGCAGAGCCAACACUGUUUUCGGGCUGGGCUUUCCUUCUGAGCAGCAGUUGUCCAAGUUUGCAGAGAAAUUCCAAGAAGUGAAAGAGGCUGCCAAGCUAGCAAGAGACAGAUCUCAAGAGAAAAUUGAGACCUCAAGCAAUCAUUCACAGGAAUCUGGGCGUGAAACACCAUCUUCCACCCGGGCAUCCAGCGUGAAUGGGACAGAUGAUGAGAAGGCAUCCCAUGGUGGUUCUGCUGAGGCACAGCUCAAGUCUGAGAAUGAUAAACUAAAAAUUGCUCUAGCCCAAAGUUCCUCCAACGUAAAGAAGUGGGAGACAGAGCUGCAGACGCUGAGGGAGAGCAACGCCCGACUGACCACAGCACUGCAGGAGUCAGCUGCCAGCAUAGAGCACUGGAAGAAGCAGUUCUCAGCCUGCAAGGAGGAGAACGAUCAGCUCAGAAGCAAGAUUGAAGAGCUGGAGGAGCAGUGCAAUGAAAUAAAUAAAGAGAAGGAAAGAAAUGCACAGCUGAGCAGACGUCUCCAGGAGCUGGAAACAGAGCUUCAAGACAAAGAGCUGGAACUGGAAGAGCUCCGAAAACAGGGUGAAAUUAUACCACAGCUCAUGUCAGAAUGUGAAUCUGUAUCUCAACAAUUACAGGAUGCUGAGAAUAAGAACAAAGAUCUUGAAGAGAAAGUCAGAACACUAAGGACAGAAGUUGAAGAGAGCAAACACAGGCAGACCAACCUUAAAACUGAAUUAAAGAAUUUUUUAGAUGUACUAGAUGGGAAGAUAGAUGAAUUACACGAUUUCCGACAAGGACUGUCUAAACUUGGAGUUGACAACUAGAUGGCAAUAGAUUUUUGUAAUCUAGGGUCUGGAUGUUUGAUGUUUUGUUGAUCCCAAUCAUGUGUUUUACGAAAUAUAACUAGAAUGUUCCACCUGUUUGCAUUGUUUUUGUACAUAGAGGCUGAAAAUUUGAUGUGGGUUAUUUUGGGUUUUUGUUUCUCUGUUUGUUUUCCAAACCAAUCAUGCUGCUCACUGAAUUCUGUUGAGGUUAGAAACUUUCUAUGCUGCUGCUCUGGCUUUGUGGGGUUGGGAACAGGUAGAGGGUUCUGUCUCAGGAAUCUGGAACUAGAUCUACCUUAAAAUGAAUAUGCAGUUAGUUGUUGCAGGGAAAUUUAUAUCUUUCUUAAGGGCUGUUGCAACCAUAGAAACAGAAAACAAGUCUUUCUUUUCCAGACUAUCAGCACUCCUAGCAACGUAUCCUUUUAUUCCUUGGCCAAGCAGAGAGAUUAGAUGGAGCUCCUGCAGUCUGUAAAUCAGCCUUGUGAAAUGUGCCUGUGAUGAUCUGCAGUCAAGUGAAUUGCUUGACACGCGUGCCAGUAUCUUUAGGGACCACGUUGAUCAGGUCUGAUUCAGAGAGUGAAAUCUAGAGGAUUUCAUAUAACCUCCAGUUCAGGCUGCAUGUGCUUGCUUGGGUCCGUGCAGCGCCAAGUCAACACUGUAGAAAUGAAUUCCAGCUCUUACACUUCAAGUCACACGUUACCCAUAGGUGAGAACAGCUUUUCUUGCUCAGCAAAUCCAUCUCUCAUUAAACCGUCAUCUCAGUUUUGAACCCUUAUUGUUCAGUCGCUAUGUGUGCCUCUGAAAAGUACACACCUGAGUCUUGGGACCAGAUAUUUGUUUUAGGAGGAGACGUACUGCUGCUUGGUACGCAGCGCAUGUGCACCUCUGCGCACCUCCAUCACUGCUGCUCAGCUGCCACAGCAGGGGCUCAAGAGGCAUGAUCAGAAAAGCAUCAGGAGGUCAUAGGAAGCAGCUUCCUGCCCAGGAGACUUGCAGGUAAUGACUGCAUGAAACCAAAACCCCUUUCUUUCCUAUGAUUCCUGCGUUCUCCCCUCAGGAGACAGGUGGGUGAGAGUUAGUCACCUGGGUAGACUGACAAAGAAAAAACCCAACCUCAAAGGCAGAAAAUGUAGUCUUUGUUUAUCCAGCAGCUCUAAACAGGUAUUGGGAAAUGCAGACUCAUACGCCAGACUGCAGCGAAGACAUUGUUGUGACAUGGACUGAUGUGAGAAGGAACAGAGAGGAGCCCAUGUUUUGCUUUUAUCCCUAGGAAUUCCAUCAGCUUCUUUCGUUUCUUUCUCCGUAUCCUGGUUUGAGAUUCUGUUUAUGCUGCAUCUGAAUUCAUUCAGGAGAGAACUUGUGAUUAUGGAUAUUAUAUUUGCUCCUAUCAGGUGAAAGCUUGGUGAAGCACCAGGUGAGUGCAUUCCAGAAGUGACUGAUUCAAUAGCCACGCCAUAAUGUUUGCAUAUUAUUUCUUAGGGAUUUUUUCUUUCUUGGCAUGUUUCUAUUAUAAAAGUGACCUUUAAAAGAUGUGGGUUAUAGAUGAAACACGCGUUGAAUUAUUUUUGUACAUGGCUAUAUAAUUCACAUGCUGGAGAUGGGUUUUGUCUGCCAUUGUCCCAUGAGUUUUCAUUUCAUCCAUUGCGUUACAGUCAUCACCUAUUUUUUAGACUGGAUUUUUUGUACUCUUGCUUUUAAUCCUUUUAAUUGACACAUGUGAAGCUGGGACCUUUUAUAACCACUAUGACCAUUGAAGUCUUUUAAAAAACAAAUGCUGUAGGCUGUUGAAAUUUAAAAAUAAAAAUAAAAAUCAGGUA